AUCGUCCCCGCCCCCUCGCGUGACGUCACCGGCGUGCCAACAUGGCCUUCACGCUGUACGCGCUCAUCCAGGCGGCGCUGCUCUGCGUCAACGCCGUGGCGGUGCUCAACGAGGAGCGCUUCCUCGCCAAGGUCGGCUGGGCGACUGAGCAGAGUGUGGGUGGCUUUGGAGACGAACCUGGUAUAAAGUCGCAACUGAUUAACCUCAUCAAGUCGGUCCGGACGCUCAUGCGAAUACCACUAAUUGCUAUGAACACGGUGACGAUCGUCCUACUGCUGCUGUUUGGAUGAGUGGAAUCGACCCAAAAUGAAGAGACUUGCAGCCAAGAAACAUGAGACUUGUUGAACAUUUCCAUUACCUACUCUGUUUUGGUGUGUUUUUUGUUUAACUACACGUGCAAUGAAAUGCAGCCUACCCAAUUUUUUUUUCUGAUGUAAAAUUAGGAAUUGCACAAUCGGUUAAUGUAUUCGGGAACAAAUGUCUUGCUGUAUUGCCUUUUUUGAUAGUGCAAUUCGAUCUGAUAAGCAAUUAAAGUAUCAAUUUACAGUCACAUUGAAUAAAGCAUACUUCAUCAAUCAGAAAAUGUAAGACAAUGCCUAUUAAACGAAUUCAGAAUAAAGUCGCAAGUUACUUUUUA